UCUCAGCAGCAGGUCACUGGAAGCAGCCAAACUGUCAGUGACUGCUGCAAACACAUGCCUGCUCUCAGCCCUCAGCUCUCCGCUUUUUUAAAGUUCUUGCCAAGGAAGGAGGAGGAUGGAAAGUGUAGCUGGAGAGAAAAGACAGAAAGCAGAGAGAAAGCAGGGAAACUGAGAGACUGGGACAACCUGACAGCUCAAAUUUGGCUUGGCUCACUCCGUGUGGCUGGAGGAUACCUACAAGUGGUCCCUCACAUACUUUGGAUCAAUCUGGACAUUGUGCAUUUUUCAAACAGUUUAAUUUCCUCUCUCUGUCUUUGCUUCCGCUAUGAGAAGGGACCGUUUCCUCCUGGCUGCAGCCCUUGCAGCCCUCUUCUCUGCAGAUUUCUACUUUAUCCUCCUGCCAAAGCUGCAGAGCAGGAGGCAUACAGCGGGAGACGUUUGCUCAUGUAGCAACCUCAGCCUACCCUCGUUGGAGACGCUUGUCAGACCGCAGCUCUCCAACUGGACUCGUGCACCUUUUCCAAGUCGGGAAACUAGUCCUGAUUUUGAUGAUGGAGGCUCCAAGCUGAAGAGGCUGUUCUCCCAACCUUUGUACAACAUCCAGACUCCGGAACUGAAGCAGGAAGAGAAACUGCUGCAACUGGAACAGCUGAUAGAGUACUACAGGAGGAAGGUGUCACACUGGGAAAGGCAUAAGAAACUCUACGACGAGGCAGCUUCUUUUACCAACGUUUCUUUAAAGGAGCCAAAGAUGACUUAUGAUCCUGAUGCCAGCUGGCUGAAAUUCCACCUCGGAAUAAACCGCUAUGCUCUGUACUCCCGGGACGACCCCACCAUCCUCCAGCUUCUUUGGGAUAUGGAGAACAUGACAAUUGUUAGCGCAGAUUACACCCAGGAUGAGAAAGCUCUGAAAGGAGCGUGUGAUUGCACUCAAGUUGUGAAACCAAGCGGGCAUCACCUGAAGCUGGCUUUGAAGAUGCAUAACUUUGGCAAAGCGAUGUUUAAACCAAUGAGGCAGCAGAGAGAUGAGGAAACACCAGAGGACUUCUUCUACUUUGUUGACUUCCAGAGACACAAUGCAGAGAUAGCUGCAUUUCACCUAGACAUGAUCCUGGAUUUCCGGAGGGUUCCACCGGUGGUUGGCAGACGAGUGAACUUAACUCGAGAAGUCUUCCAAGUAGCGCACAAUGAAGACCUGCGAGCCGUUUUCUUCACCUCACCAGCCAACAACACAUGUUUCUUCGCCAAGUGCCUGUACAUGUGUAAGACAGAAUACGCUGUGUGUGGGAGCCCAGAGCUGCUGGAAGGGUCGCUAUCUGCCUACCUGCCUGGCCUCACCGUCGCUCCUCGCCUCUCCAUCCCAAACCCCUGGAAACGCUCCUACACCUUCGCCGAGCGAGAGGAGUGGGAAGUAAAUCCUUUUUUCUGUGACUCAAUCAAGCAAGCAUAUCCUUAUAAUUCUGGAAACAGGCUGCUCAACAUCAUAGACAUGGCCAUCUUUGACUUUCUAAUAGGAAACAUGGACAGACAUCAUUAUGAGAUUUUUACCAAAUUUGGAGAUGAAGGACUGCUUCUCCACUUGGACAACGCCAGAGGGUUUGGGAAGCAUUCCCAUGAUGAGAUGUCCAUCUUGGCUCCAUUGUCUCAGUGUUGCAUGAUUAAGCACUCUACGCUGCUGAGACUCCAACUCCUGGCCCGAUCAGACUUCAGGCUAAGCGACGUGAUGAGAGAGUCCCUCGAGAAGGACCCUUUAAGGCCGGUCCUGACAGAGCCCCAUCUCUUAGCGCUGGACCGGAGGUUACAAAAGAUCCUAAGAGUUGUUCAGCGCUGCGUCAGGAGGCUCGGCAAAGAUGAGGUGGUCACUAGAGACUUUAUUAAACCCACAGCGACUCCUCAGACGGCCACAGCGACGAAAAGGAGCAGGUAGCUGAGGACUAAGCUCUUUUUGUUAAACACAAGCUGCUUUGGAGACUUUCUGAUGACAUGCAGUCACCUUGUGCAUCGAGAAGAAUCAGGUUGAAGCAAAAAUGACCACCAUGUAAGGAGAUCUUCAUUGAAAACAUCUUAAGAACAUGUUGGAGAAAGAAGGAACCACUACAGGAAGUACAAUAACUUCAUACCAAAGUCUUCACUUUAUUAUGAUUUAAAUCAAGCUCUACAAAACAACAAACUAAAACCACUGUCAUACAAACCAUCAGAAGCUAUAGAGGUACAUCAGCUCCACAUGUAUUGGCACCUCUGGUAAAGAUGAAAAAAACCCAUAAAAUAAAUCUGUUUUUGUUCUCGCUGUAACCUAGUUAACAUUGACGAUCUCUACAAAUCCAGAACUUAAUGUGACUCCAUUUAAUCUUUAAGUGUAAAAAAACAUCCUAUGUUGACAAAUUGUUGCUUUUGUAUUUCUCUUCCAACCGUCCUGGGAAGUUUGUUACAAUGUGUGGCAUCAAAUACUAGGUCAUUUUUAAGAAAAAAAAUGGAAAGCCUUUGUCAGAAAAAUAGAAUACU